GCCCGGCGGGAGAAGCUGCAGCACCUGGUGCUGUGGCCAAAGCUGAACUCCGGGAAGCUCUAUCAGGUGACGGUGGCAGAUGUCCAUGAGUUGUUCGCCAUCUUCGAUGUGGAAGGGUCCGGUGAGAUUUCCAUGGAAGAGCUUAUGGAGAUCAAGAAGGUCCAAGGCCUCACCCUCUCCAAGGAAGACAUUGCCGCACUAGGACGAGAUGCGGACAAAGAUGGCUCUGGUCUCAUCAGUGUGAAUGAGCUCUACAAAGCCUUCAUCCAAGGGGAGGUUGCUUACAACUUGAUAAAGAAGUCCAUCAAUGAAGAGAACGAUGUGCAACAUCUCGCAGAAGGGGAGUGCUUAAUCGAUGAUCUUAUCGAGUGGAUGAGGCAGGAAUACGACAUCAAUGCUGACCUUUGGUCGUUGCCUCAAACGCUGCUGCUCUUCUGCGUCUUCCUCUACACAGGCAGCGCUCACUUGCCCGUGCGAUCUGGCUGGGAGAUUGCUGAGAACUAUCCAGCUUCAGCAGUCUUUGGUUACUACAGGCUCUCGUGGUUGUAUGACAGAUUGUCACUGUACGAUUUCCUGGCGACCACCUGGAUCGCCCAGCAUCUCAAUCAGGACCUGGCUCUGUACCCGCCCGGGCGCUACUUCGGUCGGAACCAAGUGAUCGGCGGAUUCCGCUUCAGGCGGUUCUACACGACGCCGCAAAACUGCAGCAUGCCGGAAUACUUGGAACGGGUCUACUAUCCCUUUCCGCAAAGACUCACCGUGCAAUGCUUCAAGCUGAGCAGCGAAUCCUACGAGGACAGGUGGGUCUUAUACCAUGAACGAAGCGACUCAGUCAAAAGAACGAUGGACGAGUGGACCUACAGCAACUGGUUGGAUGACAACACGACUGCUCUCAAUAUUGAUUCCGUCCUCCUGAAUCCGGUUCUGGGCACGUACACAUUCGAGCAGCUCACGUUCAGAUUCGAGAACAAUGGCUUCACGAAACACGUGCAGUUUGCAGAGACAUUUCUUUCGGAGCCGUACAAAGACUUGUCUGGCCUCGUGCCGGACGUGCUGUUCAUGCUCAUCUUGAUGCGCAUCCUGUAUUCAGAGAUCAAAGAACUGCUGCCGGCUCUCUCGAUCGGGUUUGAUGGUAUCAUGAACUACCUGCAGUUCUGGAACAUUGUGGAUUGGCUGGCUAUCUUUUGGGGGGCAAUCUGCGCUGGACUCUGGGUCGUCUUUUGCAUUCAUCUCUCCAUGGUGCAGCCCCGAAUCGAGCAGCUCCCUUUGCGACAGAUGGACCAAAUUGUUUAUGCAAACAACACCUACAUGCAGAGAUGGGAGGUGAACAUCAUGAUGCCACGGCCGGAGUAUGAGGCCCUGUUGGAGAGCAUGAUGCAGGCAUGCCAGGAUGCUUCCAUUUGGCAUGAGGCAGUACGAAUGCUCUGCGUCUUGUACCUCUUCGUCCUGAUGAUGAAGUUCUUCAAGUCCUUCAAGGCAAAUGCUCAGCUGGACGUUGUCAUCACGACUUUGUCGGGCUCUGUUAAAGAUGUGUCUCACUUUGCUAUUGUCUUCUUCACCAUCUUCCUCUGCUACGCUUGGAGCGGUCAUAUCUUCUUCGGGAAGUCUACGGAAGGCUGCAGCACGAUGCUGGGUGCCAUCUUCUGGCGCUGGUCCAGUGGUGUGGGAGUUGGCGACAUGGAAGACCUCGAUUUGCUUGGCCGAAUCCUCGGCUACACCUACACUUUAUCGUACGAGUUCUUGGUGCUGAAUCUGCUGUUCGGCAUUCUGUUUGGCUUGAUCUUUGAGUCCUACGGCCGGACCCAGAAGGAGGCAGGGAACCCCAUCUCGGUGGUGGAGCA